AAAUGCGUUGAUGGGGAAGUAAUCUCGCAAAUGUUUGUAAAUUGAUUUUGUAUUUUUCUGUCUUUAUUUUCCGCCUGAAUGUCCAGUGCGCGGGUGAAAAGGGUGCUCAGUGGUUAGUUAGGUAGCCAGAGAGUGGGUGUACCAUGAAUUUGGCACGGUGCAUUAGGUGCCAAAUGUGAUAAAUCUCGUGCAAAAGAUAGAGCCACAAAAAAACUCUUUGGUGCAAAAGGAAGAAAAAAGUUUCUUGGGCGGAAAACGUCUGUGCUUCCGACACGGAAAACUCCCCAUCACCGGCACCGUAGCGCACAUCCCUGGCACCCAAUUGGGAGGAUGAUGGCAGAACCAAAAGCCAUCGAUCUCUGUGAAUUUCUGGCCGAAUCCGAGCUGCAGCAGUACUACAAUUCCAUAAAAAAUGAGCUAAAAAUAACAACGGUGGUGCAUCUAAAGUACGCAAGUGAUGAAGAUUUGAAACAAAUUGGGCUAUCACGUCCAGAAAUUCGGCGCCUACGGAAGUUCUACGAUAAAUACUACCCCCAUGGAUAUUUCAGCAAAAUUAAGCGUCUCCUGCAGACCCCAAAGUCCUUUGAUGGGAAUGCUACAACACCUGGAGCUACGAACGAUGCAAUGAAGACCACAAAUUCUCCGAGUAAAGUGCCAAGCAACAAGCACAUCAUUCCACCAGAUGCCAUUUGUGUCAACAAACAGCUUGGAAUUGGGGAAUUUGGGAUUGUUCAGCAGGGCGUUUGGACGAAUGGCACGGAGAGAAUUCAAGUGGCCAUAAAAUGCCUGUGUCGAGAGAGAAUGCAAUCAAAUCCCAUGGAGUUCCUCAAGGAGGCCGCAAUAAUGCAUUCAAUUGAGCAUGAGAAUAUUGUGAGACUUUAUGGGGUUGUGUUGGACACGGAUUCCCUCAUGUUGGUCACUGAAUUGGCGCAUUUGCGUUCACUCCUUGAGUGCCUCAAGGAUUCAGGGUUGCGUGUGAGCUUCCUCACUGUACCCACAUUGUGUGAGUUUGCAAUGCAAAUUUGCAAUGGGAUGAUGUAUUUGGAGAAUAAGAGGCUCAUCCAUCGUGAUUUGGCAGCAAGGAAUAUUCUUGUUUUUAGUAAGAAUAAAGUGAAAAUUUCCGAUUUUGGCCUAUCACGUGCCCUUGGUGUGGGCAAAGACUACUACCAGACGAAUUUUAAUGUUAAUCUCAAACUGCCAAUUGCCUGGUGUGCACCGGAAUGCAUCAACUUCCUGCGCUUCACGAAUGCAUCUGAUGUUUGGGCGUACGGGGUGUGCCUGUGGGAGAUGUUUUCGUAUGGUUUCCAACCAUGGGCUGCACUGACGGGGCAUCAAAUACUCGAGGCUAUUGAUGAGCCAAAUUAUCAGCGUCUCGAACAACCGGAAUGCUGUCCACGGGAAUACUAUGCUCUCAUGCUGAAAUGCUGGCAACAUGAUCCGAAUAAGAGGCCAAAAUUUUCCGAAAUCUACACAACACUGCCGGACAUGAAGCCAGAACAAUUAAAGACUGUUACAAAUUGCGCCGAAGCCAAGAAGGAUCAUUUAAUGUAUCGACAAGGGGAGAUUGUCACAGUGCUGGAGCGAACGGCCAAUUCGCCCUAUUGGAAGGGUGUGUUGAAUUCCGGUAAAACGGGCCUAUUUAAUCCCGCCAAUACGGUUACAUAUCUCGGGAGUCUUCCGUCAUCCACAAAUCGCGAUGCCUUCGUACGUGGCGCAGAUCGUUCGAGUAAACGGAAGUUACGCACAGAAAUGAUAUCACGACCACAGAAUGAUCUAAAGCACACGGGGCAUGUUGGCUUGGAUGGGGCAUACUUUGGGGAUGUUGCCUUCCUGGCCACAUCACAGCCGUACAAUCAUCUCCCGCGACAAAUUGUAACACCCUACAAACCAUCUGAGGACAUUGAGCAAACACCCCUUCUUCAUCCAACUACCCCAACAAGUCCGGAUUCCAUUCAAACAGCCAGUGGGUACUUCCCCGAGAAUGUAACCUCGUCCACAAAUCAUCUCUUCCAAUCCGGUCCUGCUACCAAUGGAGCCAUGUCCGGGAGUGUUAAUUUGCUCGCAACAAUGGAUCAAAAAAGCAACUUUGGGUCAUAUUUUGACUUUUCUGGCGGAGCAGCAACGCAAGCAUCAACCACAGGUGUUACGACGUUCAGUGAAUCCAAUCCUUUUGCAAGUGCAGUCAAGGAUGAAAGGGAUUUCGCAAAGGGGCAAGGCCGCGAUGGACCAUUUGCAAGCUCAGACGUUCUCCACGAUGUCUUCCACAGUGAGGCAAAGAUUGCAAAUUGCAAAUGGCCCGAAACAACUGUGGAUGGUCCGCAUGAGUAUCAUGAGAUUUCGGAUGAUGAGAUGCCGGCAGAAAAGUUCGAUUUGGGCCCUUCGCUACUCGAUGAAAUGGACUUUAUGUUCCGCUCCAUGACAGCUGCAUCCACGGGUGGGCAGGGAGUAGGUCCGGAUUUUGAGCAUACGAACAAGAAGAAUGAAAUUGCCGAGCUAACUUCCAAGCUAGCACGGAAGAAUAGCUCCGGGGCGGGGAGUAGUGUUAGUAGUUCGGGAAAUUCCUCAAAUAGCAAGUCAAAGAAGAAGGCAGGAACGGUGAAGCCGCUCUCAGUGAAGGAUGAUAAAAUUCUCAAUCAAGCCAUUGAGUUUGCCAAUGAAAUUAGUGCCAGAUCUAUGACAGACUUGGUGUCUGAUGGUGUUUCCGUGGCACAGAGCCCUAAGAGGAAGUUUAGUUUUCGCUUUCCCAACCUCACGGCGGCAAAUGCUCAUGGGAUGGGUGAGAAGGAUCCAACCCUCAAUGGGGGUGGCAACAAUUCCAACACAAAUACUCUCACAAAUAGCAAGGAGAGAAAGAAUUUCUCAGAAGAGCUCAAAAAUGUUCCCGACUUGCAGAGUUCAAUCACAGAGGAGCACCGACAGGCCUACAAUAGCCUGGUGGAGAAGCCCGCAGCAACGCUAUCGAAGUUGGAUCUGUCGAAGUUGGAGCUAAUGAAGGCAUCCUUUAAGGAUGCAACAGAUGACGAUGGUGGUGGCUGCCAGGGGGAUGCUGUUAAGCAUUCAACAACACUCCCGAGGAAUCUCAUUCGCACAACUCUGGCAAAUCGACGUACAGGUGGAGGAAGUCUCGGACGUGCAAAAGAUGCCGAAUUCACAAUGCCGAGUCAUCCAGCACCACGUCCCGAGGUUACAGAUGCAAACCCCCUGAGGAUUUUGCGGAAUAAAAAUUUCCCCAUAGUUCGUCCACGUCUCAAGCACUUGACGACGUUCCAGGGGGAAAAUCCCACACCGCCCGAGGGAACGGAUGACAUGUGCGAGAGCCCCAGCUAUUUGGUCAACACGGAGUACACGUAUCCGGAGAAGGAGCAAACUGAUGCAUCGCUCAAUCCCAUUCCCCUUCCACCGCGUGAUCGCAAUAAAAUAAUCACAACGAAUACCAAGCGGCAUGUGAGGAAGCAUGCGCUGAUCAUUCCUGCUUCCGGGCUGCAGAGAACGCUGAAUAAAGUUUCGCAGGAUCUGGCAGCACGUGGGGGUGAGAUAAAGGUGAACAAUGACAGCAACUACAACACGAAUUCGCUAAUAAAGAGAAGCAUGCAGGUGUCAAAGUUGCAGGAAAUUGAUCAAACAGACGCAGUGACGGCAAAAAGGCUCCAAAGGACCUCCAAUGGGUACGAUUUACCCGAUCCCUGUACAAUUAAUACCAGCAUAAAUAUGUUUGCAUGCGACAGUCCCAAUGCAGAUACAGCAUCCCUUCAUUUUGAAUCAAUACUCGAGAGUGAAAUCAACAAGGUUGGUGAAAUGUCCAGCCCUGAUGUUGUCGAUGGGUUUUCCUGCUUUGAAAUUCAAAAGGACACCUACGAUAAAUACUGCUCAACGUUUGAAGGGGCCGUGGGGAAUGAUUCAGAGCUGAGGAAUCUCGAUUUGGAGCGACAGAAGAGUCAAAGAAGUGAUUUACCACCACCACGAAUGGCUCCAAAAGCCAUUCCCGAGAGUAGUGAGAGCUACACAACAUCCGAUGAGGAACAAAUGAUUAUGGGGGAGUCACAGCUACUACAAGAAGCUUCAAAUUCAGUAAGUUGUGAGGAUUUACUGGAAUUCUCAGAGAAGAAGCCCAAAGGACGCGAGAGAGGUGCUGAAUCCGAUGAAGUGCGCAUCAUGAUUAAAGUUCUGGGAAAAAAGAUCCCACCGGAAAUGUGCUUGGAAACGCUUGAACUUGUGGAUUGGGAUGUUCACAAGGCCAUCAAGAUUAUGAAAUUAUCCAAUAUGUGCAAUGUAAGUGCACUUGGUUUGUGUAUGGAUGUCCUGCAGGAGAAUGAAUGGGAUCUACCACGAGCAGCUCUAAAGCUAUCAGCUAGAAAAUGAUGGUGAUUUUUUUUUAACUCUAAAAAUAUUCAUUUUUUAUAAAAAAAAAAAUUAAGAUAAGUCUCGAAAUGAAGGGAAAUACUCGCAUUAAGUUGAAAAUAAAAUCAUUAAAAAAAUCAAAAUCGUACUUAUUCGGUUAGUUGCUAUAUACACGGAAAAAGAACAAGAAAAUCUAGUAUUUUAUAAAUCAUUUUAAUAAGAUAAAAUAGCUUUUUUUUACAUAAAUAACGUAUUUUUGUACGAUGUAGUGAGACUUUUUUAUAAAUUUGCAAAAUAAAGAAAAAUCUCAUUCUAACAAGAAGAAAAAA